AUGAAGACUUUACUAAACUCUUCUCUCCAGAAGCCCCUUAAACGAGACGCCCUCACGGGGGGCCCCCCGGGGGCCCCCCUGGAGGGGCCCCCCGGCGGGCCUUCUGGGGGGGCCCCCCAAGAGGGGCCCCCCGGGGGGCCCCUGGGGGGCCCCCCGGGGGGGCCCCCUGGGGGUGGCCCCGAGGCUGCCAGCCCCAGCAGCGCCAGGAAACGCCCCGAAGGUUCCCUCGCAGCAGCAGCAGCUGAUGCAGCAGCAGCAGCAGCAGCAGCAGAGCCAGCAGCAGCAGACGCAGCAGCAGCAGCAGCUGCAGCGGAGACGGGGGCUGCUGCCGCCAGUACAGACUCCGCAGCAGCGGCGCUGGCAGUGCGCCCAGCCGAUCCGCCAGAGCCCCGGUCUGCUGCUGCUGCUGCUGCUGCUGCUGCUGCUGCUGAAGCAGCAGCAGCAGCACCGUCAGCAGCAGCAGCAGCAGCAGGCGGUGUGUCUCCCGGGCCAGCGCCGCAGCCACUCGCCUGCCUGCCCGCGUCUUCGCCGUCUCCCUUUGCUGCUGCUGCUGCAGCAACAGCAGCAGCAACAGCAGCAGCAGCAGCAGCUGCUGCAGCUUCGGGUGUACGUACACCGGAGGCCCCGUCCUGCCCCGUGUUCCCAGGGGGAGAAGGCCCCAAGGAAGCAGCAGCAGCAGCAGCAGCAGCAGCAGCAGCAGCAGCAACUUACCAAAACACAACAACCCCACCUUUGCUGCCGCUGGGCAUCUGUGGGGCCCUGGGCCACCCGCAGCCGCAGUGGAAUCCCCACGCGAGGCCUGUGCCCACAGUGCUGUGGCCGGAGCAGCAGCAGCAGCAGCAGCAGCAGCAGCUGCUGCUGCAGCAGUCCCUGCAGCAGCAGCAGAACGGCUUCCUCUCUGCUGCUGCUGCUGCUGCUGCUGCUAGGCAAAUGGGCGCAGCAGAAUUCAGGGCCAUUAGUAAGACAGAGCCCCACACCCACCAACCGCUGCCGCCUGCACCUUUUCCCAGCAGCAGCAGCAGCAGCAGCAGCAGCAGCAGCAGCAGCGGCAGCAGCAGCAGCAGCAGCAGCGGCAUGGUGUCGCUGCCGCUUGGCGCAGCAACUCCCUUUCCUUCCCUCACUAGCUGCAGCGGCGACGAGCCAGCAGGAGAAUCCACAGCAACAGCAGCAGCAGCAGCAGCUGCUGCUGCUGCUGCAGCAGAGCAGCAACCUGUUCUUUCAGGGGCAGUGACGAAACACCUGCAGCCAGCUGCUGCUGCUGCUGCUGCAGACGCGCCUUCGUUUUGGAUGCCUGCGGAGUUGUGGAAGGAAAAGCUGCUUCCUGCUGCAGCUGCUGCUCUGCUUGCUGCUGAGACACGGCCACCUGCUGCUGCUGCUGCUGCUGCUGCUGCUGCUGCUGCUGCUGCUGCUGCUGAGGAUCCCUCUCGCUGCACGCAGUCGCCGAGGUCCGGAGCAGCAGCAGCAGGGGCAGCGGAAGACGCAGCAGCACCAGCAGGAGCAGCAGCAGGCGCUGCAGCAGGCGCAGCAGCAGCAGCAGCAGCGCCAGCAGCAGCAGCAGCAGCAGCAGCGCCUGCUGCUGCUGCUGCUGCUGCUGCUGAGGAGGAGCCGGUGGGUGGCUGCCACAUGACGCCGCUGUUCUCGCAGCGGCAGCUGAGCUGCAGCAUCGAGACGGUGUGGGGCCCGCGGUUCGCAGCAGCAGCAGCAGCAGCAGCAGCAGCAGCAGCAGCAGGAGCGCCCUGCUGGCGGCUGCACCUGCAUGCAGGCCUCUGCGGGCUCGUGCUGGGGGGCCGCGGCUUCUUAAGAGUUGUUGAAGGAGAAAGGGAGCAGCAAGUGCUGCUGCAGCAAGGCUCUGUCUUCAGCAUUCCCCCCCUAGUCCCUCACUUGUUUGCUGCUGCUGCUGCUACUCCCCUCGUCCUCUUCCUCGCCUACGCGCCCCCCCUCGGCCUCAACGCAGCAGCAGCAAGCAGCAGCAGCAGCAGCAGCAGCAGCAGCAGCAGCAGCAGCAGCAGCGGCGGCGGCAGCGGGGGCGGCGCGGCGGCUGCGGCGGGCUCCCCGCGCAGCUGCAGCAGCGCCUACGGCCCGCACCUCGGCGCCCAGCAGCAGCAGCAGCAGCAGCAGCAGCAGCAGCAGCAGCAGCAGCAGCAGCAGCAGCAGCAGCAGUUUCUGCAGCAGUUCGAGCAGGGGAACUGGCAGCUGCACCUCAGUGGGGCAAGCGCUGCAGCAGCUGCUGCUGCUGCUGCUUCAGCAGCAGCAGCAGCAGCAGCAGACAGACACGAACCCCCCCACCGCCGCAUGCAACGGGGAGACCCCUGGGCCUUUGAAGAGGCGGGGGGCCCCCCUUAA